AUGGCGACAGACAGCAAUCGGACUCGUCAGAUUCUGGAGGAUGCAGAGAAGGGCCAAUAUGGCGUGUUGGCAGCGAUUGUAUAUAAUAUCGAGCACAUCACAGCUAUGGUGCUGGCCGCCGAGCAACGACGGUCGCCUUUGAUUAUUCAACUCUUCCCAUCCUCAUUACUGCAAACGCCAUCACUCGUUUUUGCUGCAGCGGCCGCCGCAAAGAGUGCCACUGUCCCCAUCUCCAUUCACCUUGACCACGCACAAGAUUAUGAACAAAUCAAAUAUGUUGCGGACAAUCUUCCCUUCGAUUCAAUUAUGGUAGAUAUGAGUCACUACGAGAAAGAAGAGAACUUGCAAAAGACCCGCGUACUGCGCGAUUAUUGCCAUGCGCGUGGCAUAUCAGUCGAGGCCGAGACUGGACGCAUCGAAGGUGGAGAAGAUGGCAUCAUGGACACGGGAGAUCUAGAGGGAAUUCUGACCAACCCAGAGGACGUGGAGGAAUAUAUCACGGCGGGCGUUGACUUUCUUGCCCCGGGAGUUGGUAAUGUGCAUGGAGACUAUCCCCCAGAAGGUCCCAAGCUGGACAUGGAACUACUUCACAAAAUUUUCCAAUCUAUGAACGGUCGUGUUCGACUGGUCCUGCAUGGGACCAAUGACUUUUCACCCGAGUUAACGAAAGCAUGCAUCAAGGCCGGGGUGACAAAAGUCAAUGUCAAUAAGCUCGUGCUAGAUCCCUGGCAUGAAAACCUCCACAAAAGGGCCAAUUGUCCCUUGACCGAGUUGAUGGAUACGGGAAUUCAGGCAUUGAACGAUGAGAUGCAGCGUUGGAUGGACAUCGUCGGGAGUAGUGGAAAAGCAUAA